AUGGAAGACCGUCGAGAUAUCAUCAUAUCUAUACACCCAAAGUACGUCGCCGACAUUGUCAGUCGGGUAAAGAACCAUGAGUUCCGUAAUUACCUGCUUCCUGCUUCAGUCAAGCGACUUUGGAUAUACGAAACCAGUCCCCUCUCAUCUAUCCGAUAUAUCGCAACUAUCAGUCACGGGAAGCGCCCUGGAGAGAUUUGUAAUCCUGAUGGGCAAAGCAAUGACGAGUUUGAUCGUGGCGAUCUGGAAGGCUGUGCCAAGUAUGCAUACGAAAUCUUGAAACUUGAACAGCUGCCAAAAUCUUACUCCCUCAAUGGCCUCAAGAUUAAGGGGUGGCUGAAAGGCGCCCCUCAGAAAUACUGUUUUCUGAAGCCUGCUAUGAGAGAAGCUGCCUGUACCCUACCAUUACAACUUUUGUUUGGGCCAGAUGAGCAGAAUCUGGACCUCAGUAACGACGUGAACUCUGAUGGUGAAGAGCCUGUCAAUGAGUAG